AUGUUGGAGAGACAGCUAAGGGAGAUUCGGCAACACUUGGCUUCUCUUGGUGGAUCUUCCCCUGCAUUGACAGUUCUGAAGCCCACCAAGUCCGACAAAAAUACACCAACUUUGAACCGCAUGAAGACAGAUAUUGACAAUAUUAAAGCCAGCCUUGGACAAGAGAAACUCAGGAGAACUCGAUUGGAAGAAAUGACGGAGAGGCUUGAACACGCGCUGGAAAAACAGGGUAGCGGUGUAGACGUAAAUGGACUGCAUAACACUACACAAUGGUUAAAAGACAGAAUCACUGCUCUUGAAGAAAAAUAUCUUGCUAUUACCAAUUCUAGUGAAGACAAUGCUGGGCCCAUCCUUGAAAACCGGGAAAUGGCGAACAUGAUUGGGGUUCAGUUUAACGGCGAACCACUGAACAGCAGAAGUCCUGAAGUUUUUCAUGCUCUAUACACGGAGGGGUAUCGGGAGAAUGGAGUCUACAGAGUUCUGCUGCCUGGUAAAAAACUUGGACUAGUGUGGUGUGAUUUUGAAUACAGUGAUGAUAGCAGUGGGAGGGGCUGGAUGGUCGUCCAACGGCGGAUCAAUGGAGAAUUGGAUUUUAACAAAACCUGGGAAGAAUACAGACAGGGGUUUGGGGACUUGUCCUCAGAAUUUUGGCUGGGCAAUGAAUACAUAUGGCCGUUGCUCAACUCGAGUAAGUUUAGCAUCUAUGUGAAGAUUUUUCUCGGCGGUAACCAGACAUCAAACUUCUCCCUUUCUGACAAUGCUAAUAAUUAUUUAUGCUCUGAAGCAGAAGAUUAUCAGUUAUAUUAUGACGACGUUACUUAUCGUCCUUUCGCCAGCAGCCAGUAUCCAUUGAGUGGUUCAACGUUUAUGACCUGGGACAGAAAACAAUUACGACCGGGUUGUCCUCCUUUGGACGGGGGCUGGUGGUACAGUGAAAGGGAGUGUCAUAGGCGCAAGACAAAUCCUAACAGCUCUUACAAGCUGAACAGAUCUCCGAAGGAUGGUGAGCUCUACCGUGGAUAUUUCAACGUUUUCACCCUGGACAAUUUUUGGCAGGAAAGAGUACUUAUACAACUGGUCAGAGGAUCUGAGGUUCUCAUUUAUGUUUGA